AUGUUUUCCAAUAUUCAGGGCCAGAGACGUACGCAUGAAAGCCCUAUGGACUUCGAAUGGCAGACAAAAGGACCCGCUGAUCCUAACUCUCCAUUUCCUCAGUUCAAGCCCCAGCAGGGACAUAAACCAAAUUUUAAAUCACCAGCACCCUCAAGCUCUUUUGCGACAACUUCUUCUACACCCGCGCCACAGUUCCGAAAUCCUUCGUUCACUACACCACGAAAGCCAUUCGACCCCGACCUGUUCUCCGAAGCAUCAGGAGCCGAAUCGUCCCCCGCCGAUAAUGCUGAUGCAGAAGACACCCCAGAACCGCAAAAAUCAAGCACAACCAUGGCUGUUUUCAAUGGAAAUUCAGACAAGAAGCCAUUGUUCGGGCGGUACGGCGCAGGAUUCCUAGGGAAUAGCCCAGGGCGGGGCGAGCAACGGAGAGGCAAAUACGCAAAUACAAUAGUGAACAAAGUCCGGAAGCGCAAGAGGAUAGAGCGAGACUAUUCUUUAGCCAGGGCAUUACGUGGAGAGUCAGACUCGGACUCGGAAUCCGGAGAGUCAAGACCGAGGAGCAAGUCCGGCAAAGGGAAGGCAGAGAAGGAGCCUGGCUGGUUCGCAUCACUUCUAAGUGGCAUUGAAUCGAGGCCUAACCUGCCCCAUGUUCUCUCAUAUUAUACGCAACUGGGCCUGAACUUCUUUCUACUAGGUCUUACCAUCUUCGGCAUUUACACAUUCUGGACGGCCGUACGUGCGGAUGUGGAUAAAGCAUCUGAAGAUGCCCGCGCAGAGGUUAUGGCCGAGAUGACAAAGUGCACCCGCGAUUACGUGGAUAACAAAUGCGGGAGGGAUAUGCGACUACCCGCUCUGGAGACCGUUUGCAAUGCCUGGGAGCUCUGCAUGCAUCGCGAUCCGAAUGCGAUAGGAAGGGCGAAAGUGAGCGCUCAUACGUUCGCGCAAAUAUUCAACAGCUUCAUCGAGCCUAUUAGUUACAAAGCGAUGAUCUUUGUCGUUCUUAUCGUUACAGCAUGCAUCGUGGCGAAUAAUCUCGCCUUUGGGAUGUUUAGGUCGAAACACCCGGGUAUGCCCACUGCACAGUCCUAUUAUCCUCCACCACCCCAGCAGAGCUUCCAAUGGGGAGCACCGCCACAGACGCCGCAACAUAAUACUGGAUAUGAUCCGUGGACUGGACAGAGUUUCCAGGCAAUCAUGCCGAGUCAGACGCCGGGUCAGAGGAGUCCCAGUAAAGGGUCGAGAAGCCCUAGUAAGGGGAAUAGGAGUCCGAGUAAGGCAGAAAUGUAUUAA